AUGUACCGUUUGGUUAUUGUAUGUUUCGCGCUCUUUUUGACCGCCGCGUGGGCUACCGAUGUUAAGCAGUGCACAAAUGGUCAGCCAUUGCCGCUCAGUGUUGACAUUGAAGGCUGCGACCAGACGCCCUGCAAUGUUGUCAAGGGCACCACAGCGCUGAUGAAAGUCAACUUUGUGGGUAUUCACGACAAUACUAAGAAAAUAACCGCUGUUGUGCAUGCCACCACCUUAGGCAUCACCGUGCCCUACCCCCUGCCCGAAGACGUGGCCGAUGUAUGCAGUAAUUUGUUGUAUGGCGCCUCUUGUCCUAUCGAUAAAUCCGAGGAUGUGGUGUACAACUUCAAAUUCGACAUUGAUUCCUCGUAUCCGGAGAUCAAAGUAAAAGUACAGCUGAAUUUGGUUGAUGAAAGCAAUGAAUCUGUUGCUUGCUUCACUGCCGAUAUAAAAGUGCAGAAAGCUUAGGAUGUUGAUU